UGUUGACCGGCAUCAGUCUCUCGAGAUGGCUUGCGGGAUAAAGAUCGCCACCGCUUUGGCGGUCUGUCUGGCGAUUGCAAAUGCAGGGCCAAGUCCAUUUCCACGUGACAGGAGCCUAGUUUACAGCUAUUACGGAGAUGUCAAGGCAGGAAUUAUCGAGCCUGCAGCGUACGCCUCGCAAUUUGGGAUAUAUGGGUAUUUCAAUGUUAAACCAGUCGACAGUGACCCUGAAUACCCAAAUUCAUUCGUCGCAGCGUUAAAAAGUGUCAAGACGGGACUGCAUAAUGGUCUCGCGGAACAUUAUGAACAGACCAAGGCGUUCCGGGCGCUGCCGGAAUCCGCGAAAAUCCUUGAGGAUCCGUUCCUCAUCGUUUAUGAUGAGAAUGGACAGUUGGAAGGUGUCAAAGUAUCGACAGAGGAGCCCGGAUGGUCCAAAAACAUGAAACUGGCCAUUGCAUCCAUGCUGCAAUUGGACCUCCCCAGCAUGAACCUGGACUCUCCAAUCAAACACCAGAGCUUCAUGUCUAAAGAGAACACAAUCCACGGAGACUGCUGGACCAGCUACGACGUUCAUGCCAAGGACCCCAAUGCCAUCGAAGAGAGUAACAACUUCAUCAUCACGAAAUUUUCAUCCCCUAGGAACUGCACGAAUUACAAUGUUUAUACGUUCAAUCACGCGGAGACUGAAACGUGUGAUCUUCCUCCAGAGAAACCUGUGAACAUGGCUAGCAGGCGGGUUUUCCAAGCUGAGAAGCGAGGUCAGGACAUUCUUAUCAAGUCUCUCAUAGCUCACGGAGGUGUCAACUACUUCCCUUGGAGAGGACGGUCCGAAGCUCACUACGUCCUCAACAACGCAACCUUCGUCCUGCUAGAAGACAAGUCAUCAGCCUUCGACCCUCCCACCGCGGACCUCACAAAGCUUCCUCUAAUCAAAGACAUAAGCUACCACCGGCCCACGGGCUCCUACUCCCACGACGGCGGUAUGGAUAUCACGCAAGGUCGGCACGUCGUGGAGGAGGACCUCACCUCAAAAGUGAAGAAAAUGUUGGCCGAAGCAGCGGACUACCUCGACGAGAACCACCUCGAGGCGAAUGAGCCCGACUUCAAACGCGGCCAAACCAUCAACAGAAUUAUCCACACCAUGAGUUUCAUGGGAAGUUCCUCCAUUCGAAUGCUGUUCACCGAGAUCAAAACCCCCCAAAGUCCAAAGAUGCAAACAAUGAAGAACAUUUUCUUGGAAGCGUUACCCCACGUCGGAACGCAAGCAUCGCUUCUCGUCGCAAGCGAGCUCAUCUCGCUCAGACUCAUCAACACCAUCUCCGCAAUAAAACUGCUCGCAAACCUGCCCCUGAGCGUUAGAAACCCAACGAAAGAAUCGCUGGCGCAAGUCGACAGUUUGUUACACGUCACCUCUCACCACGUCAAAAGCGCCGCAUUUCCGAAUUUGGCAAGUCUUGUCUUCAGGACCUUCCGAAACACCCCCGACCCCGAGAACAACUCCGAUCUGAACGAUUACAUCGACAUCUUCUACAAUCUGGUAAUCAACGGGGAGUACCACGAGAAAGUGGCGGCUCUGUCAUCGCUGAGGAACAUCCAAGUGGGCAAAGUAUUCCACCUUCUAGCGCCCCUCGUCCGCGGCGAAGUGGUGUUCAACGACCUCGAGAACGAGGACUCUAAGACAAACGUGCGCUUGCACGCAAUCUGGGCCGUGGAGAAGUCCCUCCCGAGUUACCAGGCCGCCCACGACCUCCUCUGGCCCAUCCUGGCGGACAGCAAUCUCCCCCUGAAGCUCAGAACAGCCGCCUACGACAUCCUCAUUCGUCAAGCCCCAACCAUGACCAACAUCCUGCACAUCUACUGGUUCAUGGUCUACGAGAAGAACGAGCACCUCUACAACUACCAUUACACCACCCUCAAGGGCCUCGCCAACUCCGUGGACCCUUGCAGCACGCACCUGAGAGAGCUUGCAACCAAGAUCAUGCGCUUCACAAGAAUUCACACCCCAGUGUCUUACGCAUUGUCGUCGUCUUACAUGGUCGACGCUGUGGACGAGAUCUACGGCCACGGAGAUCAGUUCUCCGUGUCCUACAUUUUGGGCGACAGGAACGCACUCCCCGAAGUGCUGAACAUCGAGUCCUCAGUCAUGGAGGGACGCCGACGCGUCACCCUCUGGAAGAUACAACUCAUCGUGACGAAAAUCUUUCUGUAUCCCUCGCUGAUGUCACCUUUCGCAAACUACAGACCACCACACUUCAUAAGCAACGAAGACGUCAGACGGAUUCUCCAAGAAACGAGCAGAGCUGUCAAGCUGAAGAGCAUCGAGGUUGACGCAGUGGUCUCCUACAAAGGUCGAGUUGUCUUCGCGAAUUCUUACAAGAACCUAGAGCUCAUGGACUUGGUCUCUUCGCUGGAGUCUCUCUUGCAAUUCGAAGGCAGAACUUUGAAAGUUAAUCAGCAGUUCGUCUCCUACGACAAGAUGUACGAGCAGCACGUCGUGAGCGAGAUGGGUCUUCCUGUUCUGAUGGAGAGCAAGAUUCCAGAGGUGACUUCGAUCAUCGGACAGGUCGAAAAGGAUAAUUCGAUGUCGCCGAGGUUCAAGGGGGACGUUGCCUACAAGGGGUGGAGACACGGGGACUACUCCAUGUCGAUUUACAAUCCCCUGCUCGAUACUUGGCACUCGAUCAGGAGGACCACCGCCACGGACGUGCAGCUCUCCUUCCGAUCCACGAGUGGCUUCAACAUCGAGACGGAAACUUUGGAGAGUAUUUUCCCCAUCCUUCCCAUGACGAAACAUUCCAGACAGGGGAUGGUCACUCACGCCAAGGACUGCACGACUGUCAGCGAGGACGACAAUGGCGCCCUGAAGGAGUCCUGUCCGAGCUGCGAACACCACGAGACCGUGACCAGGGGGAUCGCCGCCAAGCGGAAUCACGAGGUCACUCACGAUAUGAAGGACGUUGGGCUCCAGUUCUCGAACUCAAUCUUCGAUUGCGAAACGGGGUUGACCCCAAUUGCCAUCGACAAGGACUUCUUCAGAUCGUUGUACAAGGAGCGUAAGAACGUUCUGGGGUAUGACUUGAUCGCCGAACUCCUGGCACUCCGUCAGACCGGAAGGAACCUGGUCAACUCCCCGAGGAUGGGGAGCUGCGGGGUGAUGUACAAGCUGGAACCCAGCGCGAAGUACCCAACGUCGUAUGUGAAGGUGUCGACCAAGGGGAAUGCGGAGAGGAGGGAGACGGCUCAGGGAAUCCUGCACAUCCUGAAGGGGAUUAAGCUGAACGUCAGAGGGCACCUCGAAGCUUUCGACGCAACCACCAACGAGACUUCUCGCGCCUGGCACGUGAAUAUGGACUUGGACAUGAACCGCGAACACAGAGUGAACACUCUGGGCUUGCAGCUGACUAGGACCAGCCCCGGCGAGAAGAAUCUGGUGGUUUGCGUUGACGCGCAGAAGUCGUAUCCCAGUAUUCCAGACGAUCCGCUCAGGGUGGGCGUCACCAAGGAGGAGACCUACGGCAAGCUCACGUUCUCGAUGACGGAGACAGCUGACACAGAGUGUUCGCGAGAUCAGACCUUGAUCACCAUCGGCGUGAAGGGGGAAUUGUCCGAGGAACAGAAGAAGAAGUUCAUCCAGGAGAGCAUCAGCGGAGACUGCAAGGCUGACGUGGACAACCCCCUGUACAGCAAUGCGGAGAACCUCGUCCCCAGGACUACGAGCUGCCUCGAGCACGCCAUGAGGUUCACCACGCUCAGGAAGUACACCAUCAACGUGGCUCACGCCAAUGUUCCUCAGUCGAUCUCCUCUGCUCUGCACGCUUAUGAGGACAAAAUCAAAGCGCUGUUCUACCCGCAUCUGGUGUACACGUCGGAACAUACUGACGAGGGGACCAUGAAGGUGAUUGUCAAGUUCCCGAUGACGUUGGACAAUGUGAAUGUGUCCGUCGCGACGCCACAUCAGGGCUGGGAUGUCGUGGGUGCUGAGGUGUCAGAGGACAGUCGGAUUGGGGUUGAACGCAAUCCACCGAGGCUUGAAGGGUUCGGACCGAGUCCUGAUAAACAUCUGUGGAUGAGUCCUUUGGACAACACGCGAUUCCCUCUUACGUUCCUCCAGAAGUACAGAGAUAAUCAAAUCAGGCUCUGUUCUCUGCGUCCCAAAGUUGUUUUAACAACGGAUGGGGGAGAGAUUCCUUACAUGGUGACCGACGAUUGGACAUUGGCGACUGGCGAUUACGUUAUGCAAAGCUUCGCAGUAUUCGUCAAGAGUGUGAAUAACGUAAUGGGAGUUAAAUUCUUCUCGGGUAAAGACGUCGUCGAAUUCUCCCCGAACGUGAAUGGCUAUUCUCUUAAAAUUAAUGACGAAGAGUUUGCUGUCAGCAGAAUGAUCAACGGGACAUUCGUUCCCGAGGAUGAUGACUUUUCGUGGUCGUUCAAAUUAACUAGCUAUGGAGGAGUUAAUACCGUUGAAAUUCAAGAGGUUCCUAUCGUAGUGUUCCACUCGUUGAAUAGUGUCACACUUAUGAUUAAUCGCGAAUUACGGUGGAGUAUUACUGGGCUGUGCGGAAAUAUGGACGGCACGCACAGGACUAAACUCCCCGAGGCCCAUCGUCUUCCUUAAGCCUGGAUUAUUAUUUUUUGCUUGAAUAGUUGGUACCUGCUUACUGUGUAUUCCUCUUUUUAAAAACAAAACCGAACGCGCGCUAUAGCGCACUGUAAUUCUAACAAUCAUAACUGAAAAUCUCAAAAUGAAAUUAAUCAUGAAUUAAAUUUGCCACCUCAGACGACUGAAACCAAUGAGGAAUAAGCAUGACAGACGUGUCUGUUCUUUAUAUUAACUUUCUGAAGUUAAGUUUUCCGAAGGAAAAGUUUCAGGAAUGUAUUGUAUUUUUUUAUGUAUAAUACAUCCAGUGUACCGCUUUUUGAAGACAAUCUAUUCGGCGUAUUGUGUUGUAAGAUGUGUUGUAAAUAAUGAUAGCAUAUACGUUAAAAAUAUUACGAUAAUUCUAUAUUAUAUUAUAUUCUAUACUUUUUUAUAUCAUAUAUAUGAUAUAUAAUAGAGUAAUAUAUGUAUUAUAACAUAUGAUGUAUGUAUGAUGUAUGAUAUCUUUAAUGUAUGCUAUCAUCAUUUAUAAAAAAUCUAAUGACACAAUACGACGAAUUGAUUGGCUUCAAAAAACGUUACACUGGAUUUUUUAUUAAAGGAUAUAUUGACGAUUAAAAAGAAGAUACUGUUUUUUAUGGGAUGUUAUAUUGUGAUCUGUGGGGAGGAAUUAUUGGGUUGCUGACAUCAACGCCUAUGUCUUCACACGCAGGAAAAAAUUCAAUAGAAAACCUAGCGAAUUCGCUAGAAAAUUGUAUUGGAAUUCUAUAGGAAAUUUUCAUACGUGCAUACUUAAUUGGUUUAGACAUUAAUGAGGCUGCACAUUUAUUGAGGGAUGAGCCUGGUGAGGCUGAAAUAAUUAGCGAAACGGCGCAAAAUGAUAAUUAGAUAAAUGUUGUUUUCAUUUUCUCCAACAUCCCUCAAUAUUUUCGGAUAUUUAGCAACGACAGAGAUGAAUCUGAACACAGAUACUGUUUUCAUCAAUUCAAUCAGUGAAUAAAACGUGACAUAAUUUUGAAAAUCCAAAUUUUUUCACUUUUUUUUUGAAAGUUCGGUAUUAUGAACACCUAGGGAUUGAAAGAAAAAAAUUACUCGAAAUAUCCGUGUAAACGGUAUAAAACUUGGACGAAAAAUUUGAGGAUAAGAGUUAUUGAAAAAAACGAAAAAACAAAGAAAAAAUCAUAUCCCCGCAAUGGGCUGUCGAAAAAAUCUAAAAAAAAAUUGAAAGGUAGUUAAAAAAAAAUUAUGAAAUUUAUGCAAUUUAUGAAAUCACAUAUGAAAUAGCGCAAAGGGCAUUCCUUACGAAAAAAGCCCCCCAAAUCGUAAAAAAAAUCGAGAUCAAUUUCCAAAAGGGUGAGGGUCAGUCGUUAACUCAUUUGUCAUGGAGUACCUCAUAUUCAUCUUUCAAUAAAUAAUUUAUAAAUAUUGACAUCAA